CCACCGUCACAUCCAAACUUGACGAACCCCAGAAAUCCAUGUCCAACCUCAAACUCCGAACCCACCCAAUCCAAACCUCCUCCGACCUCGACGUCGUUCAUCACUGCUCUCUUCAGACCUCACAUCCUUUCCUAACCUCGCCGCUCCCCAGAGAGCAUCAUCUUUCUCGAAUUCAGAUGGGAUUCUUGAUACCGCCCUCUACACCAGGCUCCUCCUGAUUGUCCAGCUAACGUCCGGAACGACCCUUCUUCUCUCGCUAUCCAGCCCCUCCACUCAGGCCUCCACCAAUCCUGACUGUUUUGAGAUUUUUCUCCUCCCCGACUUGAUUGACUACUGGACUUCCGGUUUCAUACCCGUCCACUCCUUCUCGCUUGGCCGACUUCUGGAGUGAGCAAUUGCGUCGCUCUCACUACCGCUGCUGAAAGCAUCCAUACCUGGUCUUCUCAGCAAGCACGGGAGCUGCCAACACCUGGUCCUCCCACGUCAAUCUUGUCCGAAAACAGUCCACCAGCCAGAGACCCAUUAGCUUGGCGUCUUUAUGUCCCAGAUACCCAUGAUCGACCUCCACCUUCCUCUCCUGACUGUUCGGUUGUCGAACAUUUGCGACGGGCCUCGCCCUGAAGGGAUCCAGCCAGCCUUUGUCAUUCAUACGCCAUGAGUGAUGCCUUUUUAGCUUGACCCCGAGAAGGCCUGCUCAGACCAUGGAUACCAGAUCCACCAGGUAUCGCUCCCUCGAGCCGAAGGCGGCUGUGCCAUCCCCCAGGAACCGCGAACGUCACAAUUCCACUCCUACUACUGAUCGACGAAAGAAUCAACAGUCUAGACAUGCACCUUCAUCCAAAUCCGGUUUCAACGAGGACUCUGUGACCUCGCCCGACAACAGGACGACCACGCGAUACUCGGACCGGCGGCCUGCUAGUGGCCAUUCCUCACAACCCAAGCUCACUUCCAAGACAAGCCAUUCCAGCCUCACACCAUCCUUCAAAUUCUUGGCUAUAGGGUCUCGAAAUUGCGGCAAGAGUACAUUCAUCAAAACAGCCAUUGAUCAAGAAGGGCCGCGAACUUCCACUCAAGUGACUGUCAAAGAUCAAUCUUACAACGUCCAAUUUAUCGAGUUGUUGCUUGACGAUGUCGACUUCAGUAGCGAACGAAGGAUCGAGUGGCCAUCUUCCGUGAACGGUGCACCCUUCCCAGACAUCGACGGCGUCUUUUGUCUCUACAGUGUCUCCGAUAAGGAGAGCGUCGCCGAUGUACCUCCGGCUUUGACUUCUAUGACAAACACGGGGUUGCCAUGUAUGCUUGUGGCCUCCAAAAGCGAUACAAAGCAAGAGUCUCGUCAGAUCAAUCCUCUUUUCCUUGAACAAGUAAAGCGCAAUCUUGCCAGCGUAGCUAUUGCUGAGGUGUCUUUGAAGACACCUCAGAGUAUCAAACUCUGUUUCUUGAAUAUGUUGAAUCGAGUAAUCGCCUCUCCUCGUGCUUCCGCACGAUCUGGCAAAACCUCACAUGCUUCCUCCCAGCCCUUAGUCGAUCAGCGGAGGACUUCCAGAGAUUCUUCGCCAAAGAAAACUCGGAGUCGAAGUCGCUCAAAAACUCGAUUACAGACCUCCAAAUCCAAGGAAUUGCUUCUUAAUUUGUCUAUGCGGCCAGCUGUGAUUGAAUCAGCCGAUGAAGAUAGUGAGUCGUCUUCUUCGGAAGGUGUGAUACCUCGCAGGCGAAAGACUCAACUCCGACUUGACACUACAACGGCGUCGAGGCCUCAGCGUCGCCCAGCAGAACCUCACACGCCAGUAUCCUCGGGCGAUUGGACGAACACAUUGAUAUCACCCGAACAGACAACAACAGCCAUCGUUCCCGAGACGCCAGAUUCUUACUACGUCAAGUCGAUGCUCCGUCCCGCUUCUCCAGACAAUGUCGACAGCAAAGCCUAUCAGACUUUUCUCAACAUGGAUGAAGACUCCAACGAUCUUUCUCCGCGUACCGAGGUCGAGCAACUGGGGCCUCCUCUGGGCGUCAUGCAAACCAACGAUCAUACCAGACAGGAGUUAGGUGUCCCGUUCAAGGAGCUCGUGGAAAAGUUGCUAGUACUACCGGCCAACAAGACUGAUUCGAAAUUCGUUCCCUCAUUCCUAUGCCUGUAUCGAGCAUUUGCGACUCCACAGCAGCUCCUCGUCGCCAUGAUCGACCAAUUCGUGGCUAUCGAGAAAAGUAACAUGGUCCAUUUUUCGAAAGUGGCGGAAAUGCUUCGCUAUCUUCAGGUGCUGGCACAGUGGACCGCCACAUAUCCGGGCGAUUUUGCGCAAGGUCCAGCUCGCGACAUUGCUGUCCCUUUUGUGCAGAACAUUGAGAAGAGUAAAGUCUUUGCGCCGGCUGCAAGAGAAAUAAGCAAUAAUUUAGACACGCUUGUUCCCGAUGAAGAUUCUGACUGGGCAUACAACGAUGCUCCCAAGAAGACUCCGACAUCGUCAUCAGACUCCCUCCACUCGCUCAAUAACGACGGCUCCAAGGCAGGCCGAAGACCUCUACGCGAUGAUGACGACAGCGAAGACGACAAUGACGGGUCUGCACCAGCGUCGAAUACUGCUUCCACAUCGUCCAGUAUGAUCAAACCAUACAACUCUUCGAGUCAGUCGGCCUCUAACGUGGUGCAAUUGGAACACGCCAAGAUCCAAGCCGAAAAUCUGAAGAGGUCCAUCCCUCGUAUUCGUCUUAGCAAACUUCAAUGGCACCAGUUUAUGGAGACACCUGUAGAGGAACUGGCCAGGGAAAUUACUCGAAUUGAUUGGACCAUGUAUUCUGCCAUCAGACCUCGGGAUUUCGUCCGGCACGUAUCGCUCUCGACAGAGCAGAGGAGACAGUCUAGAGGAGUCGACAACAUCAGCGCCAUGGUGAAACAUUUCAAUCAUUUAGCAUUGUUCGUCUCAGGGGUGAUACUACUCCGAGACAAGCCUAAACACCGAGCCAGGGCUCUUGAGAGAUUCAUGGCUUUGGCUUGGAAAGUCCGCCAGUUGAACAACUACAACUCGCUUGGAGCAAUCGUGGCUGGAAUCACAGGACACGAAAUCGCUCGGCUGAAUGCAACGAGGGAGCUGGUGCCAGCUGAUGUCCAGAAGCAAUUCCUCAGGUUGACCAUUCUCAUGGGCUUGUCGAGGUCACACGCUGCGUAUCGAAUGGCGUGGGAAAACUCCUUUGCAGAACGCAUCCCGUUUUUACCCCUCAUCCGACAAGAUCUUACAAUGGCUGCUACCGCGAAUCCGACGUUUGUCGGUUCCAACAUCAAUUGGAAGAAGUUCGAAAUCAUGGGAGAAGUGAUCGUCGGAAUUCAAAAGAGUCUCGAAAAUCCGUACAGUUUCCCGCCUCGUACGGUUCGAAGUGAAGAUACGGUCAAGUUAGUGCUGGAGACCAAGAUUCUGGAAGAAUCAGAGGACUCGGCAGAUCCUCGAAGCGAAUUAUACGAUCGCAGUGUGCAGGUUGAACCGCAACAAAGUGGGGCGGAUCCCAAGAAAAAAUUCGAAUGGCUGCGGCGUUGAUGAUUAACAAGGUCACCGUUUCAGACACGUCUUUGCGACGUUGACGACCGAAUCUCAAAUUUCAGCAGGUCAAAGGGGAGGCGGUCGGAAAUUACCAUCUCAAAAGAGGCGAAAAGCGUUUGCCUUUACGGCGAUAGAGAAAAGCGGUUUCGAAAUGUCAAAUAAGUAUGCGGUCUCACGACCUUGAAACCGGGACAUACUACGCUAUUACGAGUUAUGACAAACAAUAUUGAUGACGAGGAAAUUCCCAGACGAAGUUUGCGAUCUGGUAUCAAAAGAACAACUGGAAGAUGCUUUUGUUUUCAUAGGGACUUCUGGCGGGCCUUUGCAUGGGUUGGGUGCAAAUAUAAAGGUGUUCAAGGAGUUUAUCGCUGCAGAACACUGCAAGACAAAGACUUCGAUUCGUCCGUGAGUUGAAGUGAGACUCGUUGAGAUUUGGACUCGAACUUCCUCUGCUUCGACGGUACUGGGGCUGGGUAGCAGUAUGUGGAGCCAAAUCUGCACCGCAUGUCUUAACUUCGUCUACAUGAAUAUGUCGCUACUGAAGGCAUUAAUUCCAGUUUACCUCGCUAUCAUUGGGGUACAGCAGAC